AUGGCUUCCAGCAACACUGACUCGAUCGAAGACGUGAUUACUUGCAUAAUAUGUUUGAAAUAUUUCGACGAUCCACGUCUAUUACCAUGCUCACACACAUAUUGUUUAUCAUGUAUUAAGCGAGUGGCCGCCACUACAAAGGGCGAUUUUGAGUGUCCGAUGCGUGAUGGAGUGAAAAUCGAGAGCAAACAAAUCGACUCUUUGCCUCUCAAUCGAAUCGCGCGUGAUAUUAUUGAAUUGCGUCCUCAACACCAAUGUUCGAAUUUAAAGUCGUUCACAGUUUACCAGCAUUUAAAAGUCAUCACAUCACUCAAGGUUCUAUGGGAUCGUCUAUGA